GGUGGAGGAGGAGGAGGAGGAGGAGGAGGCGGCGGCGAGAAGAUGGCGACUUCGAACAAUCCGCGGAAAUUCAGCGAGAAGAUCGCGCUGCAUAACCAGAAGCAAGCGGAGGAGACGGCGGCUUUCGAGGAGGUCAUGAAGGACCUGAGCUUGACGCGGGCCGCGCGGCUCCAGCUCCAAAAGUCCCAGUACCUGCAGCUGGGCCCAAGCCGUGGCCAGUACUAUGGCGGGUCCCUGCCCAACGUGAACCAGAUUGGGAGCGGCACUGUGGAUCUGCCCUUCCAGACACCCUUCCAGUCCUCGGGCCUGGACACCAGCCGAACUACCCGGCACCAUGGGCUAGUGGACAGAGUGUACCGGGAGCGUGGCCGGCUCGGCUCCCCACAUCGCCGGCCCCUGUCAGUGGACAAACAUGGAAGGCAGGCGGACAGCUGCCCAUACGGCACCGUGUACCUCUCGCCACCUGCGGACACCAGCUGGAGAAGGACCAAUUCUGACUCUGCCCUGCACCAGAGCACAAUGACGCCUACCCAGCCAGAGCCCUUUACGAGUGGGUCCCAGGACACGCACCAGAAAAGAGUCUUACUGUUAACAGUCCCAGGAAUGGAGGAGACCACAUCGGAAACAGACAAGAACCUUUCCAAGCAAGCGUGGGACACCAAGAAGACAGGGUCCAGGCCCAAGUCCUGUGAGGUCCCCGGAAUCAACAUCUUUCCAUCUGCUGACCAGGAAAACACUACAGCCCUGAUCCCCGCUACCCACAACACGGGGGGCUCCCUGCCUGACCUGACCAACAUCCACUUCCCCUCCCCCCUCCCGACCCCGUUGGACCCGGAGGAGCCCACCUUCCCUGCGCUGAGCAGCUCCAGCAGCACCGGGAACCUUGCAGCCAACCUGACACACCUGGGCAUCGGCGGUGCUGGCCAGGGGAUGAGCACGCCUGGCUCCUCACCGCAGCACCGCCCAGCUGGCGUCAGCCCACUGUCCCUGAGCACGGAGGCAAGGCGGCAGCAGGCCCAGCAGGUGUCGCCCACUCUCUCCCCGCUGUCACCCAUCACUCAGGCCGUGGCCAUGGAUGCCCUGUCUCUGGAGCAGCAGCUGCCCUACGCCUUCUUCACCCAGGCAGGCUCUCAGCAGCCGCCGCCACCACAACCUCAGCCCCCACCCCCGCCGCCGCCUGCCUCCCAGCAGCAGCCGCCCCCGCCGCCCCCGCAGUCCCCCCCAGAGAAUGCAGGCCAGCCACCGAUGGGGAUCGACAUUGCCUCGGCGCCGGCUCUGCAGCAGUACCGCACUAGCGCUGGCUCCCCAGCCAACCAGUCUCCCACCUCGCCUGUCUCCAAUCAAGGCUUCUCCCCCGGGAGCUCCCCGCAACACUCCUCCACCCUGGGCGGCGUGUUUGGGGACUCAUACUUUGAGCAGCAGAUGGCGGCCAGGCAGGCCAAUGCUCUGUCCCACCAGCUGGAGCAGUUCAACAUGAUGGAGAACGCUAUCAGCUCCAGCAGCCUGUACAGCCCGGGCUCAACGCUCAACUACUCACAGGCCGCCAUGAUGGGCCUCACAGGCAGCCACGGGAGCCUGCCUGACUCACAGCAGCUUGGCUACCCCAGCCACAGCAGCAUCCCCAACAUCAUCCUCACAGUGACAGGAGAGUCCCCUCCCAGCCUCUCUAAAGAACUGACCAGCACGCUUGCCGGGGUCGGUGAUGUCAGCUUCGACUCUGACAACCAGUUCCCCCUGGAUGAACUCAAGAUUGACCCCCUGACCUUGGACGGACUGCACAUGCUCAAUGACCCAGACAUGGUCCUGGCCGACCCGGCCACUGAGGAUACCUUCCGGAUGGAUCGUCUGUGAGCGGCACGCCCGGCACACUGCCACACUGCCGCCCAGCCCCUGGUUCCGUCACCCCACCGGUCAGUGGUCCCGACGGCACCUCCCUGAGCCCAGGGACGGCGGCGCUCCGUCCCUCGCAAACGGCCGAGCUUGUGAUUCUGAGCUUGCAAUGCCGCCAAGCGCCCCCCGCCCGCCGCCCCAUCCCCGUCACCCUUCUCCCGCGUGAGGUCGCGCGUCGCCCCCGCGGACCCUCCCUGCUCUCUCGUCCCCCUGUAAGAUGCGGAAAGUGCUGGGCAGGGCCGCCGGCCUUGGGAGGGCGCUGUGCUCUGUGACGGCGGUGGGCUGAGGUGCAUCUUCCGACUGUUGUCCAGCUCUCACUGCCUUCCUUUGUCCCUGGUCCCCCCACCCGCCCGCGCCCCCAGCCCGUGGUUAGGUAGCAAGCCAGCCCCACCCUUCCAAAAGGAGAAGGCGCCAGAGGGUGGGAGGUGGACAGGAAGUGAAAUAAACACUAUUUGGACUGCUGUCUUUUAUAUUUCUGAGCACACACAGAAUGCUAGAAUCCAUCCCAUGGAGGUGGGAUGCAAACAUGUGAACAGAGCAUGCAAAGCAGCUAAAUCUCCCCGGGGCCCAGUGGGAAGCCCAGGCCCCAGCCUCACCCACCCCCAGCCAGGCCCCUCUGUGGCCACCUUCGCUGUGAAACCCCCCUGCCCAGGACGAGCAGGCCUGCUUGGGAUGCACGGGGAGGCAGGGAUUAUUUCUGGGGAGUUUCACAACUUGUUUCCAUCUUUCUUUCUCUGUACUGUAGUCACUGUUACUAUUAUUUAAAGAAUGGGGUAGGGAGGGGGCGGCCAGGGCAUUUUCGUUGUGUUUUUUGGGGGGGGUUGUUUAUUUCUUUUGGUUUGUAUUUACAUUUUGGUUGUAGAUGAGUAACUGACUCCCUGACAACACUUGCCUGAGAGCAUGUUUUUAUUCUAGAAAUCCCACAUUCUGUAUAUUUGUAAGCUAACUGGAAGCAGUUCGCUACCUGCCCGGGUCUGAGCUGCAUCUCCAGCCUUUUUAGUUUUGCCCUGUUGUCUCAAAACGGCAGGAUGUGAGGAUGGCUUGGGCUGGCUAGGGCCGGGCUGGGCUGGCGGGCUCUCCAGGGAAGCUCGCAGCAGCGGCCAGAGCUACCUCCGCUCUGCUCGUGUGACAGACUCCUGGAAAGGAGCCAGGGCUUUCAUUAAGGGUCUCACAAAGACCCAGCUCCACCUGACCCUCCCGAAGGGGCCAGCUGGUCCUCAGGGCGGGCCCAUCCCAGACCCCGUGGCCGGCAGCAGCUGCAGCCCGUCUGCCCUAAGAUGCCCUAGAGGUGAGACUGUCUUUGCCACCCCCACCCCGAGAACCAGCCGACCCUCAUCCCCUCCACCAUCCCUUUCAUAGCUCCUCCUGUCAGGGCUGGGUUUGGAGGCAGAGAACAGUAUGUAUUUUAUCGGCUGGUUUCCAGGUGCUUCUCAAAGUGCCUCAGGAGGCUGAGGUGGACCAUCCUUCGGGGUUCACUGGCGCACCGGAGGCCGUCCCUCUGCCCUACAGGCCCUGUGAGUGGGCGGCAGGGCUGGCUUUGUUUUCUGUCGGUUGCUUUGGAAUAGGAACCUCUGUUUCAUUCCCUCCGACAUCGUAUCUCGAAUUAUUACUCGCUCCUCCACCUGCCUGGUGGCCUGCUGGCUCCUCCUGCCUGGUGCGUUUCUGCUUCCGCUGGGGCCUUGGGAGCACCCACCUCUGUGGGAGCCAGAUUUGAUCCUCACGACCACUCUCCCUCUGUUUCCCAGCCAGGCUGUUAGCACGUGGCCAAGUGGCUGGGCAGCCACACAUGAGAAGGGCCCCCUCCUUGGUCACUUGGCCUCCGCCACUGUUAUCUGGGCUGGGGGAUGCAGUGUCAGUCCAUCCAGGUCAAGGCCUGUCCUCUUUCCAUGGCGGGGGCUGGGGGCAAAGAAUGGGGACUGGGUUUGGGGGAGGGUUGUUUUGUUUUGUUUUGUUUUUUACAGAAAAACUACAUGUACAUAGAAGGAUUUGAUUACCAUUAGAAUUGUAUGUAGAACUUUAAAAAAAAUGGCCUUAAUAAAAUUACAAGCAACCAUCCUGGAUGCAAUUUUCAAACAAGUCGUUGGGGACCCCUUGAGGGAGCCCCAUCAGCCCAUACUUCAGUCUGCCUGGCCCUGCAUUCUUGGUGCAGACAGGCAGGAGAGCCCCAUGGCCAAUUUCUAGCAUCCCUCGGCCAGGAGCACAGGUGACCUUGCAUUAACUCGGCCCACGAGAGGCGUAGGUGCAGAGAUUUCCCUGGGAAGGGGUUCCAACCAGGAGCCCGCAGCCAGACGUCCUCAAAGGGUUCACCACCCCCUCCUGGGUCUGGGCAGGCCUCUGGGGGUCUACAACAGGGGAUUUGGGUUUUCUUCUUAAAUGUCACUUCUCUACUAAAUACUCUUAAAUUGCCAAGACUUUUAGAAACAAGACAGCUUAAGGGUAUCAGCCCUUUGACUUGUGAUAUGAAAAUACUGUGAUUUCAGGCAGGCUGCGCCGUGAGGGCCGAGGGCUGAGCUGGGGCCCCUGCGUAGUGUAUGUAGACCCAUUGCCUGCGUCCUUGCUCGCUUUGGCCAAGGCCCCUCAGCUGUGUAAAUCUUUCCUUCGGGAGUAUGAGCCAACCAGUGUGUCCCCACCUGCCUUGGUUUACCCUCUGUCCCCUGAACCCUCUGGGUGGUGAGUUGGUUCCCCAAUGAGGCUCGUGGGCUGAGGAUGAGUGCUGGGGUCAGCCUCUCUCUGUGUCCUCUGGAGAAGAGUUUAUGCCCCUGUCCCCCACCCAUCAGCAUCACCCCCUCCAGUGCCCAGACCUGGGGGAGAAGGAAGAGUCUUGGGAUCCCUGUCUCAGGUCCCUGUGUGGACCUCCACCCCCACCCUAACGAGGGAAGACAGGCAGCACUAUUUGGGGUAUCCUGCAGCCCCUCUUUGCUGUCCUUGCACGCCUUGCUUCCCCUGACACUGGUGCCAGUCCCUUGGGGCAGGGGACCCUGAGGCCUUCAGUGAGAGGCUCAGGGCAGGUCAACCCUUCAGCAAAAUUUGGGGACCCACAACCAGCAGUAUCCAAAAAUUGGCCAGGCUCUCCUGUGGGGACGAGCACACAGCAGAAGGUACCCCAGUUGUACUGGGUCCCACCCCACUCCCCACACUGUGGUCCACAGAGCUCCUCGGGAUCAGGCCUUCCAGGCCAGGCCAGGACAGGGGUGUGUGUGUGACCCUCUUCCCAACGAUGCUCCACACUAACCUCCAGCCUCUCCACUGGCCUCAGGGCCUCCUGGCUGCCCGACGGGUGUGCACUGGGGGUGGGAGCCCUGCCUCGGACACUUAGCCUUUAUGGUCUGCCUGCUGUCAUCUGCUUGUGGGGGUUUGGGGCUGGGCAGGAGGGUUCUGAUGUUGUAGGUUUGUUUGGCCUGAUUUCUUCAGGAGGCCGACCUCCCAGGAGGAUGUCUAGCCAAGUGGGCCCUGUCACAAGGCCCGUGUGUCACAGCAGGGCAGGUGAGGACAGCUCUAUGUCCAUCUGUCAAGUGCUAGUGAGACCCCUGCGUGGAGGACAAGAGGUCUCAUGUUAUUUAUCUGUCCCGCCAGGGUGGGUGUCUGGUUUGGGGGCUGUGUGCCAGGUGCUGGCUGUGGCCAGGUGGGACAGGAAUAGGUACAGGGCCUGUGGGGGCCUGGGCAGGGCUCAGGCAGCAGGGGCAACCCUCCUCCAGCAUCCUGGGCCUGAUGACCCCUCAUGAUCACCUGCCCUUCAGGGGGGCUCUGUUGACCUAGAAGCCUCCAGGGGGCUGAGGACACUUGGGAUGGUGCACCCCUCCUCAGGCCUCCACGUUUCGGCCAACCCUGAGCUAGUUCAUAACCAAACAUCCCGCCAGACUUCUGCCCCUAAGUGGAUUCUGAGGUUUCUGCAUUUCCAGAGAAGGCAUCCCCACCCUGGGGUACAGGCUGGGUGUGGUGAGGCCUGGUGGUGUAGGGAGACCCUCUACCUCCCCUGCCCCCCAGCCCUGACAGAGCAACAGCACCCAUCACCCUCACUGGGUUCUGAUGGAACCAUAGUCAGAGGCCUCAGGGUGCCCUUGGCACGGGGUUGGGCACAGGGGUGCAAGGUCAAGUACCUGGCACCCCUGGGCCUGGCCCACCGCCCCUGCAGGUGAUGCUCCAGGUGAGGGAGCUGUGGCCACCUGAGCACUUGCCUGAAGAGCUGGGGGAGGAUCCUCACCUACCCCUGGAGGCCUGCCUGGGGUGGGUGGGCAGCCAGGUCUGUUUCUGCCUGCGUUCUCUGUGGACCCUGGGCCCCCAUCCUCUGGGGGGUUUCACAGCGUGUGAUGGGGGUCCCUGGGGUAUUCCUUUGUCAGGCCUUGCCUGGCCAGGUUGGCCUGAGCCAACUCUGUUUCUGGUUUCCCUCAGUCUUUGGAGGUCCUGGCUGCAUGGGGCUCAGGCACCUCUCAUAACCUUUGAUGUGCCACAGGUGACUGGGCACAGAUGAGUUCUCCCCCAGCAGAGAUGGGGUGACCUGCACCACCAGGCCUGGGCAAUGGGGUACUUCUGAAGGCACCGGGGAGCAGACAAGAGGCUUGUGACCCAGGCCUCUGUUCCUGCUUGUCACUAGCUAAGGCCCACAGAUCUUCGGGCCCCAGGCUUAUCCCAGGCAGGAUGGGGAGCAGGGGCUGGACAUCAGGGUGAUGCUGGUUCCAGACAGCUCCCUCCAUCUUCCUCCCUCCUUGCCAGCACCCAAAACCCCAUCCCAAGGAGCUAGUGACACGUGGGUUGCCCCUAUCUCGCAGGGUUGUGGAAUUUAGGGGCAGUUGAUGCCUAAUCUGUCACUUCUGACCUCCUGCCCACUGGGGACAAGGGGACACAGCUGUAGCACUUGCCACCAGACCCCAGGAGGGAGGGCUUUGGCAGCCAAGGCCCACUGGCCCUGCCAUGCCCCUCUGUAGGAAACUGCCCCCUCCCAGGGGCUGGGUGGUACCACUGAUAUAUGCAAACUUGCCAGUCCAAGCCCUGCCCCACCUGUGUCCCUCUUCCCCAGGCUGGCUCUGCCCCCCACACCCCCCAGCAUGUACAUUGUGCUAUAGAUGUCCCGUGGGCCGCACGCGUGGGUGCCCAUGGUGGGCAGGGGCGGGCGCUCAGGGCGCACUUGGCCAGCCCCUGCCCAUCCUCUCUGGCGUGGACGCUAUCGUCUUUGUACCUUUGCAUCCUUUGUAAUGAAACGUAAUAAAAAUCCAAUGUUUUCGUC